CGGGCAGGAGGGCCCGGAGGAGGGAGGCGGCGGCGGAAGCCCAGAGCCAGAGCCCGGCCAGGGCCGAGCGGAGCGGAGUGAGGCAGCGGCAGCGGCGGCAGCGGCUGGGCCGGGAGAGGCUGGCGCGCCGGGCGGCUCCGCGAAUCCUCCGGCAUCUGCCCCGGCGGGCCGCCCCCGCCCGCGGCAGCCCACCGAGCAGCGGCGCGGCACCGGCGCCUUCCCGGCGGGCGACAGUAAAUCAUGGAGCUCCGUGUGGGGAACAAGUACCGCCUGGGACGGAAGAUCGGGAGUGGGUCCUUUGGAGAUAUCUACCUGGGUGCGAACAUCGCCUCUGGUGAGGAAGUUGCCAUCAAGCUUGAGUGUGUGAAAACGAAGCACCCACAGCUGCACAUCGAGAGCAAGUUCUACAAGAUGAUGCAGGGGGGAGUGGGAAUCCCAUCCAUCAAGUGGUGCGGCGCCGAGGGCGACUACAAUGUCAUGGUCAUGGAGCUGCUGGGGCCCAGCCUGGAGGACCUCUUCAACUUCUGCUCCCGAAAGUUCAGCCUCAAGACGGUGCUGCUCCUGGCCGACCAGAUGAUCAGCCGCAUUGAGUACAUCCACUCCAAGAACUUCAUACACCGGGAUGUCAAGCCUGACAACUUCCUCAUGGGGCUUGGGAAGAAGGGCAACCUGGUGUACAUCAUUGACUUUGGCCUGGCCAAGAAAUACCGGGAUGCCCGCACCCACCAGCACAUCCCCUACCGGGAAAACAAGAACUUGACUGGCACUGCCCGCUAUGCCUCCAUCAACACCCACCUGGGCAUCGAGCAAAGCCGCCGAGAUGACCUGGAGAGCCUGGGCUACGUGCUUAUGUACUUCAAUCUGGGCUCCCUGCCCUGGCAGGGCCUGAAGGCAGCCACCAAGCGCCAGAAGUACGAGCGCAUCAGUGAGAAGAAGAUGUCGACGCCCAUCGAGGUCCUCUGCAAAGGCUACCCCUCUGAGUUCUCAACAUACCUCAACUUCUGCCGCUCCCUGCGGUUCGACGACAAGCCUGACUACUCCUACCUGCGCCAGCUCUUCCGCAACCUCUUCCACCGGCAAGGCUUUUCCUACGACUACGUCUUCGACUGGAACAUGCUCAAAUUCAUGCGGCCCCCCUCAUGCCAGCCCCCUGCCCUUCCCUGUGGACGACCCCAGGACCAACUAGGGUGCAGCCCGGAACCCCGAGGACGUGGACCGGGAGAGGCGGGAGCACGAGCGCGAAGAGAGGAUGGGGCAGCUCCGGGGGUCUGCGACCCGGGCUCUGCCCCCUGGCCCACCCACGGGGGCCACUGCCAACCGGCUCCGCAGUGCUGCCGAGCCUGUGGCGUCCACGCCAGCCUCCCGCCUCCAGCAAACUGGCAAUACUUCUCCCAGAGCGAUCUCACGGGUAGACAGAGAGAGGAAGGUGAGCAUGAGGCUACACAGGGGCGCGCCCGCCAAUGUCUCGUCCUCCGACCUCACUGGGCGGCAAGAGGUCUCCCGGAUUGCAGCCUCACAGACAAGCGUGCCAUUUGACCACCUCGGGAAGUGAGGAGCCGCUGCCAUUGGACCAGUGUUUGCUCAGUGUCUUCACUGUAUUUUCUUUCAUUAAACAACAACAACAAAAAAAGAUGGGGGAAAAAACCACUCGAAAGAACAAAAAGAGAAAAACCCAGCAUAAAACCGACGACGGAUUUUGUUUCUUUGACUUUUUUUUUGCCAAUGGCAAGAAGAUGGGAUGCCCUCAGCACAGAAGAUCCUUGUCCCUUCGAUUUCCCACUGCCCACAACCUUCAGGCUGCCAAACGCUCCCCAAACACCAGCUACGUGCACCAGAUGCCGAGGCCCCACCCCAGGCCACUCCGACGGGAGCAUCUAUGUACUGGAGGUGCAGCCAGCCCCCAAGUGCCCUCGGGGGAUGCCUGAGGAGCUGGGGAAAUGGUUUGGUUGGUCUGAGGCAGGUCCUGGGCGCUCUUGAGUCUUGGGACCACAGGAUAUGCGCACAGCCCCUACCCUGCUGAGGUGAUUCUGGCCACCUUUCUGUGUUGGGCUUUUUCCAUUGUCCCCCAGAUCGUUUGGGUCCCUUCUUUGCCUCUCCACAAAGACCUUGAGGAGUGGGCGGCAGUGUGAGAACGGAGAUCCCUUGUGUGCGUGUGUGUAUGUGCCUGAUCUGUAUGUGCCAGGACAGCAGGUGCUCUGCCCCACCUGCGAGGCUGACUUUCUGUUCUCCCCCCCCUAACAAGGACACGGGGUGGGCAGUGACUUCUACAUCCCUCAGGAAGGGCGCAGAGGGUCCUCACCACCACCCACCCCUGAGAUUCUCAUCAGCCUGUGGCAGCCUCAUGCCCCUUUCCUGGUCUUAGGACAGAAUCCUUCCAGAAAGCAUCUGGCUCCUGGGUUAUAAAUUAAUUUCCUGGUUCUGACACUUACCUGGGGUCCUACCCUCCCCGCAUUCUGCCUCUCUGAGGAGGAGCCUGGAGUCAGAGCUGGGCACCGGAUUUAUCCAUCCAUCCCUCGUUAACACCCAUUUUUACUUUAUUUUUGUUUGUUUUCUCCGUGUGUGUAUUUCCUAAUUUAUUUACCUGUUUCCUUUUUCUUCUUUUUUUUUUUAAUUAAAGAGCAAAGCUUUUUAUUACUUUGUAAUUUAAAAAACUGAAAAAAAAUUACUGAAGAACUUUGGGGGGAAUUUUGUACUUUUUUCCUGUGUAAAUAUUGGACUUUUUUGAGCUUUAUUGUGGUUGUUAAUUUGAAGUAAUAAAGUAGAAAAGGAUAAAGUCA